GAGAGGGAGUAGGGAGGGAGAGCGGAGAUCGAGAGCAAAGAGCGAGAGCCAGGGAGAGGAGAGGGAGGGAGGAGAGAAAGACACACGCAAGCACAAGCACCCCGGCACUGGAAUUCCAUUAGAAAAAAGUGAGCCGAGCAAGGGUUAGCGGGAGAGAUUCUUUUUUUUUUGAAUCUUUUUCUUCGUCUUGGUGCCAAAGAAGCGACUCUGGUCUCCCGUCCUAGAAGCUCCUACUGGAUUGCUCCUUAUCCGUCGGUGGAUUUCUUUCCUAUUUGCAUUGAUUUUGACCCCCCUUCCUCGUUGCUUUCUUCUAGCCCUUCACUUUCAGAUCGCCUCGCCCCCACCUCUCCAGUCCCCUCCUGGGAAGUGCAGGGGAAUUGGACCCGCGGGGACUCACGCCUUCCCGGACGCGCGAAGGGCUGGGCUGACCUCAGGACUAGUCUGUUGGCUUAGAAGGCAGCCAGACACAUAGCUACGUGUGUUUGAUUUCAGUGGCAAGGGGGACGUCGAGAGGCAGCCCACCACCCGCCUCCCACCCCACCCCCUCCAGCCAGCAGCCAGAACCCCAGGACUCCGGAUCUUCCACCGGCGGCCCGGCGGGAUCUCCGCAUUGGAUUUGGGGGUCAUUAUCAUUGCUUGGCGGUUAUUAUUAUCGUUGUUAUUUUAUUUUUAUUUUUUAAACCCAAGGGAGAAAGACAGACACACACACACACACAACUGUGGGAUUUAUUUAACAUGAUCUUGGCAAACGCCUUCUGCCUCUUCUUCUUUUUAGACGAAACCCUCCGCUCUUUGGCCAGCCCUUCCUCCCUGCAGGGCUCUGAGCUCCACGGCUGGCGCCCCCCAGUGGACUGUGUCCGGGCCAAUGAGCUGUGUGCGGCUGAAUCCAACUGCAGUUCCAGGUACCGUACCCUUCGGCAGUGCCUGGCAGGCCGGGAUCGCAAUACCAUGCUGGCCAAUAAGGAGUGCCAGGCGGCCCUGGAGGUCUUGCAGGAAAGCCCACUGUAUGACUGCCGCUGCAAGCGCGGCAUGAAGAAGGAGCUGCAGUGUCUGCAGAUCUACUGGAGCAUCCAUCUGGGGCUGACCGAGGGUGAGGAGUUCUAUGAAGCUUCCCCCUAUGAGCCUGUGACCUCACGCCUCUCAGACAUCUUCAGGCUUGCUUCAAUCUUCUCAGGGACAGGGGCAGACCCGGUGGUCAGUGCCAAGAGCAAUCACUGCCUGGAUGCCGCCAAGGCCUGCAACCUGAACGACAACUGCAAGAAGCUCCGCUCCUCCUACAUCUCCAUCUGCAACCGCGAGAUCUCGCCCACGGAACGCUGUAACCGCCGCAAGUGCCACAAGGCCCUGCGCCAGUUCUUUGACCGUGUGCCCAGCGAGUAUACCUACCGCAUGCUCUUCUGCUCCUGCCAGGACCAGGCCUGUGCUGAGCGUCGCCGGCAAACUAUUCUGCCCAGCUGCUCCUAUGAGGACAAGGAGAAGCCCAAUUGCCUAGAACUGCGCACCCUGUGCCGCAUGGACCACCUGUGCCGGUCCCGCCUGGCAGACUUCCACGCCAACUGUCGAGCCUCCUACCGGACACUCACCAGCUGCCCUGCGGACAACUAUCAGGCGUGUCUGGGCUCCUAUGCUGGCAUGAUUGGGUUUGAUAUGACACCCAACUAUGUGGACUCCAACCCCACUGGCAUUGUGGUGUCUCCCUGGUGCAACUGUCGUGGUAGUGGGAACCAGGAAGAAGAGUGUGAGAAGUUCCUCAGGGACUUCACAGAAAACCCAUGCCUCCGGAAUGCCAUUCAGGCCUUUGGCAAUGGCACAGAUGUGAACAUGUCUCCCAAAGGCCCCUCAUUGCCAGCUACCCAGGCCCCUCGAGUGGAGAAGACUCCUUCAUUGCCAGAUGAUCUCAGCGAUAGCACCAGCCUCGGGACCAGUGUCAUCACCACCUGCACGUCUAUCCAGGAGCAAGGGCUGAAGGCCAACAACUCCAAAGAGUUGAGCAUGUGCUUCACAGAGCUCACGACAAACAUGAGUCCAGGGAGUAAAAAGGUGAUCAGACUGAACUCGGGCUCCAGCAGGGCCAGACUGUCGGCUGCCUUGACGGCACUCCCACUCCUGAUGCUGACCUUGGCCUUGUAGGCCUUUGGAACCCAGCACAAAAGUUCUUCAAGCAACCCAGAUGUGAUACCCGCCUGACAAAAUGGAAACACACACACACACACACACACACACACACACACACACACACACCCCACACACACUCACUCACACUUCCUUUGCAAAAAAAAAAGAAACAAAACAGUUUUUUUUUCCUACAUUGUCUCUGAACCUCUCUCCUCCCAAGUUUCUUCUCUGGAGAAUUUUUCUAAACCAAACAGACAAGCAGGUGGGCAGCCUGAAGCCUGCCCAGAGGUCCCCUGCAAGGGACACCCAGCAGCACCAAGGAGGCCUCAAGGCUCUGGGACGACUCCUUUCUCUUUACUGGUGUUUUCUCUCGGGACCAUAUGACAGCCUGCUGUGGAAGGGACUUUGCUGUGCCUGGUGUGGACUGGAGAAAAAACAAUUGCAGCUGUUUCUUGAGCUGCCUACUCUGUGGACCUUCCUGCCCAGGGACUAGCAGAGAGUAUUGGUCAGCAAGGAAGCAGGGCUGGCCAUAAGGACCUUGUCACCUCUUCCUCUUGGCUUCAAAGAUGGAGAUGGUUUGCUGCCACGCCCAGGUCUUCUGUGACUGAGUGGGUCUGAGUCUGGAGUGGGAACUCCCAUGGCUGCUCCGGGCCGUGGUGCCUGUAGCAUAGAUGGGGUUAGGAGCUGUUACAGGAGGAAGCUCCUCCAGGGAAGGAGCAAGCCUUGCUUGGCACCAGCUCCAAGAUGCGCCUUCCUCCUUCAUGCCAGGAAUCUUGACGUCAAAGAGAAAUGAUCCUCUGUUGGCUUUUUUUUUUGGAUUUUUUUUUUUUGUGGGUCUAUUUGGUGGGUCUCCCUCGGGGAGAAGGGUUGUUAAAUGGGGCUGGGGAGACCCUAGCUGGACAUGUGUCCAUAACACUCUGGUGGGCUCCCAAGCUUACCCCUUCUCUCUUCUCCUUUUUCCCAUUUUCUCUUUCAUCAUUUCUGAGACGUUCAUCCACUGUCUGUACAUACUGGGCCUCCUUUCUCCACAUAUGUGUAUAUCCAUAUACAUAUAUCCUGUGAUUUCUUCUUUAUUUCAUUUUUUUUAAAGAAACAAAACUAUGAAAAUAAUACCCUACAGAUGAGCGAAAAUGUAUUAUUGUAAAGUUUAUUUUUUUUAAUAAUGUUGUCUAUGAUGGGAAGAAAGGUACCAGGUCCCCUGAGCUCUGGUCCAGUUGGGCUGAUGGGGCUGUGGCCGGGGACUCCCGAUUGCAUUCACUCUUAACCAAGCUCCAAUAAAUGUACUAGGAAGCGAGUUGCCUUCUGCCUCA